CUGUUGUUGCCGCGGGGGACCUCAAAAUAUGGCGGGGCGGAGGCGGGUUCUGAACUGUCAGCUGCCCGGAGCCAUCUCUGCAUUGUUCUGUUACUGAACAGAAAGUGUGGAGUUGUGUUGGGCAGGGCGUCGGGGAGUCGCAAUGUUUCUGUGAAUGUCGUCUCAUCUGAGUGCUGGAAUAAGAAGAAUAUACUUUUCUUCUGUACAAGUACAUCAGUAUUUUCCAUCUGCCAAAUAAACACAGAUUUGGGACCAUGGAGCCAUAUGAAGAGUUUUGCAAGAAACAGUUAGCCAGAAUCCAAGUAAAGGAAAUUCUCCAUGAUGACAUAUCCGUAAACAAACAGAGGUUGUCUGUGAUCAAGUUCCAUGGUGUUGCAGUGCUUUCUCCAUUGCUGACUGCUGAAAAGAAGCAAGAGAUGCAGCAAUAUCGACAGAGGGCUAUAGAGCUGAAUGAGAAGAAACAAAACUGCAGGAAAACAUCCUUGCUGACCCGUGUCCAGGAGAUAUUGGAAUCUGUUCAGGUAAAAAAGGCACCCGGUGUAAAUGUUCUCACAGAUAGUGAGGCUGUUGAUCAGAUGCCGAGUAAUAAAAACUUGAAUGGAUUUACAAUCCUUCCGAAUGUCCUCAGCUUGCCAGUGUUUUCUGCUCAGCACGAGCCUACAAAAUUUGAAAAGUCUUUGGAAAAUGUACUACACAGUUCAGAGUCAAAUUCAAUGGACGCAAUACCUGUCGAAAAGAACAGUUUGCCCAUAAAAAAUUCAACAAGCCCGACCACAGAACAAACCAAGGACUUAUCUUGUGAAAUGUCUUUGAGCCCACCACAGUCAGAAUGUGAAACCGUUUCUAGGGAGGCUCCAGAUCCAUACAAAAUGAGCCUUCAGAACCUUCUCAAAAAGUCCAGAGAGUACAUUGAAAGAGAGCAAAGUAGACGUCAUCUGAGGAACCUCUCAAAGGGUAGUGUCAGUGAAAGCCAUUCUGACAAAGAAAACGACACUAUAAAAAUAAGUAACUCCUUAAAAGAGAAGGCCAAAGUUCUGAGCAGGAGCAGAAGCUGCAGCCCUUUGAUGAUUGAAAAGCCAAUGCUGAAUAAAUCCAAUACCCUUCUGCAAGCUGCCUCUAGCCAAGGUCAGAGCUUGCUGUCCAGCUCUCUGUCAACCCUCUCUAAUGCAGAUCUUCCUGUGAUCUCUGGUUCAUCUUCUCUUGUUGAAAGUGAAUCGGAUGAGGAACUCAAAUGUUCUUUUGCUGACUGUGAAAGUAACAUUCUAAAAAGUCUAACGGGAUCUUAUGCCAAAUUGCCUAGUCCAGAGCCAAGUUUAAGUCCAAAAAUGCACAGGAGACGUCCAAGGCCUUUAUCAGCAGGGAAUAUAGUUAUUACUUAUCCAGUCAACGCGUAUGAUUUAAGCCCCAAGGAAAAUGUUAAAGCAAUGGAAUUUCCAAAGAUGGCAGAAAAAACAUCCUUUUCUGAUCCUGUGCCAAAGCAUGAUGACUAUAAUGCAGGUCUUUUCCCCGUUAAAAGACAUUCUUUAAAUACAAACAAUGCUGCUUUUGUUACAAAUCUUACAGGAUUGCCUGGAUGCAUUGCAGCAGAUUUUGGCAAUAUGUCAGGCAGUGCAAAUAUUAGAACUGAUGAUCAACAGACAGUGGUCGCAAGAGGGCCACGGCAAAUGAAAGCAACCUCAACAUUUGGGAAAGUGCCUGAUUCUAGUGUAUUGCAUCAACAUACGGACCCAGAUACAAUAAUACAGCAUGGGAUUAAAACAAAUUGCUCGCCAGAAAUGAUAAAUCACUCCUCACCAGUAGAACUCAAUAAAUCUUAUGAUGUGGAAACACCAUCACCAAUCUUGAUGCAGAGCCAAGGUUCAAGUCAAACCACAGAGACUCCACUUGGGCCCUGUCUUAGAGAACCAUUUUUAGAAAACAGGUCUGAUGUUCAGAUUAAACGUAGGCUUGAACUAGACUUAGACAUUACACCGGCUGUCUCAGGGGAGCAAGAGAAGAGAUGGAUUCAUAAGCAAAGGAACCGGAGUGGGUCUCUGCAGUUGUCUUCUACUGAGAUCAGCAAAGGUAGUCUAGGAGAUCAUUUUAAGAAGAAGAUGCUUGCUUUUGAAGAUAUGAGAAAAAAACUUGAAGAACAACAUUCAUACCAGCUGUCGCUGCUGAUUGCUGAACAGGAAAGAGAGCAAGAGAAAUUAAAAAUGGAGUUUGAAGAAGAAGAAAAGCAACUGAGGUUAAAGGACACCGAUAGUCCUUCUCGGACAUUAGACAAUGGCAGUAUGAUUCCUGACAGAAAUAGCAGAACUGAAAGCAGUGUCCAAGAAAGGGUGGAUAAUUGUCAUUCAUGUUCCACCUAUAACAGUGUUGGAUCAGUUUCGGCCACUUCUCUACAUAGCUACAGUUCUACAAACGAGUCUUCAUUGGGUCUGUGGGGACCUGUAAAGAGUAGAGCACCCAGCACGUCAGUCUCAAAUUCUCAUGGGAGAGCCAAAACAAGAUGGUCUCAGGUGUACAGUCCUGCGAUGCAGAGGAAAUUUAACAAAGCUACAGCACUGGCAAAAGGCUUUCUUACACGUAGACUUAUGCAGACGGAGAAGCUGAACAACCUAAAAAAAACUGUGAAAGACACUGCAGAAUUUAUGAGAACAUUUCAGUCUGAAUUUCCACUAAGCCGAGGGAUGGUAUCUUCACAAGAUGCUUCCCUACAGGAAAGAGUUCUAGCACAACUAAGAGCUGCCUUGUAUGAAAUACAUGAUAUUUUUUUGGCAAUGGAACCUGCAGAAAGAAUGAACAUUCUUGCUCAUGACAGAGAGCUGCGCCGUGAGAAGAUGAUCAGAAAUAUGGAAAAAGUGAAGAGCCCUAGAGACCGCGUGACCCUUUCAUCUGCAACUCAGAAGUCCUUGGACAGGAAAAAGCUCACAAGGGUGGUCCAUAUUGGCAUGUCUAAUAAAAAACUCCAAUCCAAACCAAGGGCCUCAGAAAACAGAAUCCUUCAGCCAAAUCAGGGACAAAAUGCACCCGUGCACAGGCUUCUUAGCAGAGAAGGGAGUAUUUACAAGAAAAACCCAAAGAAGGAAGCCAAAUGUUGCGACAAUUUAAGAAGACAACAUUCUUUGGGAUAGAAAUUCAUGGCAUCAUUUUCUCCCAUAAACCAUAAAUUAAGCAGCACAUAACUGGUUUUGUGUUUGCACAUGCCACCGUAGCCACUUAAUGGCAGAUUUCCAGUUCCACAGACGGGACAGUUUUUAUAGGCAACAUUAAAAUGCCCUUAUUCAAAUUCUGAGCACAGACCCUGGUAUUUAGCAACAAUUCAGGUUGCCACAAGCACUUUUUAAAGCUACCAAUGCCUAUAGCCUGUGACACCGCACCAUCUAGAGGUCAGAAUUGAUAAUGUGGAAAAAACAGUAAGCCUGAUUUAUCAGAAAUAGGGGGAAUCCUGUGGGAUACCUAGUAGAUUCCUUGAAUUAGAUCUUUGAUUGGAUUCAAAUAAUAACCACCCAUAGAUUCGAUCAUUUUAAACAGAAUCAAUAUAUAAGAUUAUCUGAGCCUUCCAGUUGGUUUAUACCUCAUAGGCAUGGGUAACUUACUUGUCUUUAGGGAUGUGCUGAAUCAAUUAACCAAAAUUUUUAAUUUGGCCAAAUUCCAAUUCCAAAUCCUCUACAAAAGGUUCACCCCAAUACAGAACUGUAUCAAAGCCAUAUUCAGAUUUGAGACCAUUUUUUUAAAAUGGUAUCCGUUGUGAAUAAAACAUUGUCACAUUCAGAUCAGUCACAUGAUUUUAAGGUUUCAGAUGCUUGAUUCACUGCAUCUUUUUUUCUGUAAGAUUGAAGAUCAGUACAGUCAUUAACCCUUAAUUUAUUAAACCUUAUGGAUUGAUCAGUUCAUAAAAUGCUUUUAGCUUUUGUUAUACAAAUGUGCUGACAGUUUGAAGAUGCAUGCAACAAUCUGCAUGGGGUUUGCAAUGCUUUCCGUUCUUCUUUGGUUUGCAUGUUGGAAAGCAGUUCUACGUGUUUUAAACUGUAGGGCAUUAUUUUGUUGACUAGUUCCCUUAAAUUGUGUUUUACAGUAUAGAAAGUAUAAUUUACGUUUAUUGUGGAUGCUCUUUGAACAAAAUAGGAAGCAGGUUGAAGUGCAGAAAGUAUCCGUAAGGUGGGCAGGCAGGUAAAGUGAAAAAAUGUCUUAAUAGUGGUUAUAAAACAACGAAUUUAAAAUGAAUGAAGGUUAUUUUUGUGCAUUGGCCAUGGUGAAGAUAAGUUGCAAUAUACCCUAAAUUGUUGUUCUGACUGUGCAUUUAGUGGGCAUUGCUACUCUGAAAGUAAAAUGAACUCAUUGUGCUUGAUUAAUGGUUCUUGUAGCUGUAUGUUUCAUCCAAAAAACUCAGAUUAGAAUAGCUCAGACUGUUUCAGUUGUGUUAGCGUUGCCACCAAACUAAGAACCCUUAGGGCCGGUCACAUGACACACUUUGCUGUGAUUGCUUUUAUUUUAACAUGUAAAUCAGCUGUAAGUUUGUGGUUCUUUAAAGAGGUAUUCUUAUUCACCUCUGUGAUGUUGAGUGUUCGCCUUAAAUGCAAAUUCAGGCUUGUUUUCAACACAUUAGCAGCUGACAUUAGAAUUACACCAAACACUUGGGCCUCACAUCUAAAUUUGAUAGAAGCCAGUUAAUGCCAGUGCCACCAUAUUGUUCAAUCCUCAAGCUUUUUAAUCAAAGUGGCCUUACAUGGGCUGAUAUUAUCCGCUGACUAAGCUUCAUCAGACUUGGCAGCCUAUAUGUAUGGGUCUUCCCAAAUGUCUACCCUAUAUUUAUCUAGCUGAAUGUUGGCCAAGUAUUUAUUGGGCAUGUUUGAAAAUCCUAUUAAGUAAACAACAUAUUUUCAGUGUGAUGUGGUUCAGUGUGUGGUUGACAAAAUCAGGUAGAGAUCCACUCUUUAGUGACCCUGCCAAACACACAGAUCUUAACACAGCCUUGUGGUAUAACUUUAUUUAGACUAUAGACUACCGUGAGAUUGGGCCCUGAGACCAAUAAAAUAUACACUACGGUAUUUAUUUUAUGUACUAACAGCUUGCUGCAUGUAGCUUCCUAUCUGAUCCUUCUAUAGAAUUCAGGCUUUGCAAAAUAUUGUUCAUCCUAUUAAAAUAUAUUAUAGUACUAAUAUUAUAAGUGCAUGCUUGUUGAUAUCAACAAUUCCAUAUUUCCAGAUUUACCAUUGGUUACAGUUAAACAAGACUGUUCAAAUAAAGUGCCCAUUUUGGAGGUUAAGCAAACAAUAUCUCAGUGACUAAUUGAAACUGGGCGUUUUUUUUCCCCCCUCCUUUUUUUCACGUUCAGGGUAGUUUUAUAGAUGCCAAAUUAUUGUUUUGUGGCUAAGUUAUCCUUUAUAAAUGUGCCUACUUUGUGUUUCUGACUUUUUGUAGCUCUUUUGCCCUUGAAGGCACCUGCAGUUAUAACUACGAGCAUUUGUUCAACUUUGGACUGAUCCGUGGAGCCUUUAAUGAUGGCCUCCGCUGUUGGCUGAGCUAUAGUUUCCCCAUUUUUUUUAUAACAAACUUUUUUCAGCAUUUUUAUUCAGUUUACAGAAAUCUUUCUAAGCAGUGGUUCCUAUAGACAACAGCCACAACUGUGAGCUUCUCAUGGCCUUUUCUCUCGUCAAGUGCCAGGAUGUUUUUUAUGUACAUUUUUCUUAUUUAUAUAUAAUAUUUAAGUUUCAUGAAAAUGGAUUUCUUUUAGGAAGUGUAUUUAUUUUUGUAUGUUUUGUACUGUAUGUGCUCCUGGUUUUUGCUUGUUUUUGUUUUUCUUUAUAUUAAUAAAAUGCUUUGUCUGAA